AUGUCGAUAAUAUUAAAAGACGACGGUGAACUUAGUGGCUACCAAGUAGUUGGUAUGCCCAAAGAUGGGUCUUGUCUUUUCCAUUCAAUAUCUUUCUUGGUGUAUGGUAGAACUGACUCAACUUGCAGUAUCAGAUCUGCUAUAGUUGCAUACGUUGCUGACCAUUGGGACGAAAUGCAAGUGUACACGUGUGAUGCUGAUGGUGACGUAUACACUAGCGCGCAAUCCUACAUGAGCGAUAUGAUGAAACCCACUACUUACGGCUCAGCUUCUGAGCUUAUGGCUGCUGGAAAAAUCUAUCCUUUCACUUUUGAAGUGUAUGAGAACGGUAUACUAAGAGGUUCCUUUGGCGAUGCUGGCCAAAAAAAGUGUUUACGUUUUACCGGUAGUUACUUAAGCGGCCACUACGAUGUACUCAUUCCUAUACGAGAUGCCUCUCCAUCUUCUUCCCCCUUUCAUCCCAUAACAUUAAAUUCUGUAACAUCAGAUACUGCUAUAUGUACAUUAUAUGACUUAAACUCUACGCAAAGUGAAUUGAACAUGAAGCAUAAGGGAAAAGGCGGUAGACCGACUAAAACAAAAAAAGGAAGACCUAAGGUAUCCGAACUGUCACGAUCUGAACAACUUCGAGAAGCCGCGGCUCGUUACCGACAAAAACACCCUAUAAAACGUCGAGAAACCGUAGAACUUUAUAAUUCUUUACAUCCAGGCGCCAACCGGGCAUCUGUAGCACAGUACAGUGCUUCACACCCUGAAGUAAACCGGGCAGCUGUAGCACGCUACAGUGCUUCACAUCCGGAAGUCAAUCAGGCUGCAGUAUCUCGCUACCGUGCUUCACAUCCGGAAGUAAACAGACAAAACUUAGCGCGAAAGAGAUCUACUGACAAACUAAAGUUUAAGGGAAACAUAGAAACAAUCACUAGAGUUCUUACAACUAAACUUAAAGAUAGAUUAGAAUCAGAAAAAAUAGUUAAGUGGACUCUCCAUAAUAGGCAAAGAACUUUAGAAGAUUUGAACAAGACUGCAAAUAAAUUAAAAAAAAAAUAG